GGGAAGCGGGCGGCGGCGAAGAGGCGAGGGUACCUCUGCGAGGCUCGAAUGGCACCAGCACCGAGCGGCACCUCGCUCGCUCGUUUCGGCGCCAAAGGUCGCUCACCCCGCGAGCGAGAAGAGCGGCUUGGAGCGCGCGCGCGCGCUUCCUCGCGUCUCCGGCGCCUGGACGUGGCGGCGGAGGGAGCACGCGGCGCUCAGCGCGAUAACAACAACAACAAUGAAGGACGCCAUUGCUGAAUCUGAAGUUUCAGCUUUGGAAGAUAAAGAUAGUGGCAGUUCUAAAGAUGAAGAUUCUGCUCAGGAAGAUUCUGCUCAGGAAAACAACUUGGGUAACGACAGUUCCCAAAGUGACUCAGAAAGCAGCUCUGAAAGCAAGUCUGAUACAGAUGAGGCAGAUCUAAAUGAACCAAAUCAGGAACUGAAAAUGAAAGAAGAACCACCAUUGCAUUGUGUUGAAUCAGAGGUUAAUAUCCAUCGACACUGUGAACGCUGCAAGAUCCCACAAAACCAGCAUGAACAAGUAGCUCCCAGAAAGCUUUCUAGAGGACGCUUCUGGUUGAACUUGGACGGCGAAGGAAUUUAUCAGUGUACAAUCACGGGGUUGAUCUUCGAAGUAACCAAAGCCUCAGUCAUUGAGUAUUCCCUUUUGUCUUGGACCAAGUAUGCUGCUUACCUUAAAGAUCCCUGGAUUGUUGUGGGCCCCAUAUUUGAUGUCAAGUGCAAAUCACCCUCUGUUCUCACUUCCAUUCAGUUUCCACACGCCCUCUGCCUGAAUGACCAUUCCUCUGAUAUGACCUUCAACGUGUUCCAUUUCAAAAGCAAUGGUCCAGAAUUUGAGCGUUCUGCUGAUCACUCAACCACACAUGUCAAAUGGCGCGUGAGCUCCCUGUCCCCUGUUGGCCCAGUUAUUGAGAAAUACGAUCCAGUGUGUUACCACGGGGUUGUUAUUUUAUACAAAGUUGUCAACGACCACCCUUCCUUGAAAUUCCAUGUGUAUGUAGCCGGCAACAACAGCUCAUUUAUAAAGGAUGUCUCAAAAACCAUACAGCGCUCUUCCAAUAGAUUCAUUAAAAUUGAGAAACCCCCUUGUCAUAAAUUACUCCAAGUUGGGAAGAAAUACAAAUUAAUUAGUGACCCAGAAGCUGACAUAAACCCUGAGGAAAUGGAGUUUGUUGAUGACUCUACCCUAGCGCAGAAACAUUUCUUUGAGGUAUAUUUAGAACAUCCAACAGAACUUGUGUUAUCUUUGAUGGAUGUAGAGUCAGAAGAAACUGUGUGGAAAGCAAAGCUGCGAGAAUGUGACUGGAUCCUACAUAACCAGAAUAACAAUAAGCAGAAAAGAUCCACUAACGGCACGAGACGACGAAAAUCCAGCACCAGUCUUUCAGAAGAUGAGCUUUGUAACAAACGGCUAAAAGCCAUCAACGCUUCAGAUGGAAUGAAAGCUUCAGCAGUACUAACUGAUCAGCAGCUGAUGAUUCUUGCAAAGAAGAUGGGUAAAAACUGGAAAGUAAUUGGCAUUGAACACCUUAACUUGUCCAUCGAAGACAUCGAGCAGAUUGAGGCAAAGGAAGAAGACGUUAAUAUGUAUAAAUGCAUGAUGUUGCGGAAAUGGAGGGAUUCGAAACAGAACAAUGGAACUGCCCGCAGUUUAUAUGAUUGUCUUAAUGGCAAGGCACCCUAUGAUGUGCUAGAAAUUCUGACAGGUUUUUUAAGAGCAGGUGCAAAGUCAUGAGGAAACAGCUUGAAAAAGAAGAAACAUCAGGAAUGUUCUUCCAUGUACAUUUUCCAAAAAAAAAGAUGAAAAGGAACUUCGCCACGCAUUGCAAACUGUUUAAAACUCUGGAGGGUUUCCAUGAAGUGACAAAGAUAGGCCAGUUGUGGAAACUUUGGAGCAGAAGAAAGAAAGAAGAAAAGCAUGUGGAACUGUGAACUCAGGCAAAUGCUUAGCUACUUGUUGCUUUUUUAUGACUUCCCAGCCUGCCCUGCUGUCGGAGAUUCGGCCUUCAUGCAUGUUUUACCUGUGCAAGGAGAAUUAAUGCCUUCCAAAACCUUCUCGGGUCUCCUUGCGUUGCACUGCCUGAAUUAACUGGGAUCUUCGCUCUCUUGUCUUCCACAUUCAUAGGAGAACGUAUAGAAUCAUAGAAUCGUAGAGUUGGAAGAGACCACAAGGGCCAUCCAGUCCAACCCCCUGCCGAGCAGGAAACACCAUCAAAGCAUUCUUGACAUAUGGCUGUCAAGCCUCUGCUUAAAGACCUCCAAAGAAGGAGACUCCACCACACUCCUUGGUAGCAAAUUCCACUGCCGAACAGCUCUUACUGUCAGGAAGUUCUUCCUAAUGUUUAGGUGGAAUCUUCUUUCUUGUAG